AGCUGAAUUCGCCGUCGAUAAUAACGUGCGUUCAGUGUCUGAUAAUUUUUAAUGGAAAAAUGGCAAGCCAUUGUUGUAAAUGUGUUAUUGAGACAACAAAACGAUUGAACACUCAAUAGACAGUCGACAUUAUCUCUUCGCGGAUUAGAUAAAAAUUAUUUCUAGUCAAUUUGAAAGGAUUGAUCGUACGGGCUUCGUACGAUAAAUACAUCGUGCCACGUCGACUUCGUAUUAGCGAUUACUGCGAUGGCAUCUCAGGUGUACGAAUUCAGUGUUGAAAUGACGUGCGAGGGAUGUGCCAAUGCUGUGACGAAUGUACUUAACAAAAAAGAAGGUGUGAACGGUGUAGAGAUAAACCUACCAGCGAGAAAGGUACUGGUUACAUCUGCACUGCCUUCUGACGAGAUAUUAAACGUUAUCAAGAAAACUGGAAAACCAUGCCAAUUCUUAGGGAUACGAAAAUAAUAAUUAGUAUAAUUUACUUUUUAUAAAAACUCAUGUAUUACGGGCAGCAAACUAUACACGAAACGAUCACUUGAUAAGCUGAUAUUUUCUAUUGAAAUAUGAAUUUAUAAAUAAAAGACAAAAAUUUAUUUUCUUAA